CUGGACGAGACAUUUGAACUAUUUGUGUCAUAAAAGAGAACUACGUUAAAAUUAUUUUUAAAACGUCAAAACCCUGUUGACGUUAUCCCGUUAACCUAACUUUGACGUGUCAAAACAAUCCAAAAUAAUAAUGUAUUUCUAAAAUGGACAAGAAAUUGGCCGAGUACAGGGCAAAAAAAACUACGUGAGGAAAGAAUAAAUAAAGCAAAAGAUUAUGUGCAAUCAGUAAUGUCUGUAUUUAAAACAAAACCUAAAAAUGAAGAAAAGAAAAACGAUGAAGUUCUUUUAAUACAGCCCGAGCAUAUAUCAGAUGAAGAACCGGUUAGUGAAGAUGACAAUGAAAGUGUAGACAGCACAAUUAACUGCAACAAUUAUUCGUACAUGAAAUGGGUUUUGUAUUUGUUAACUUUUUUGCUGUGGGUUACUACAUAUGUAAUAUUUAUCAAGUUGGCUUUUGGGUCUGUUAAUUUUGUUGUUUCGAUGUUGGUUUUCAUGUAUGUAAAUACUGGUAAAAGAAAACGUGGGGAAGUGAGUGCCUAUUCUGUUUUUAACAAAGACUGCAAGAGUAUUGAUGGCACAUUAAAGGCUGAACAGUUUGAAAGGGAAAUAAGGUAUGGUGCGGGGAGUCUCCAAUAA